GAACUUUCUAUAUCGCUUGUCGCAUUGUUGUGCUCUGUCUAUAUAUGGAAAUUGAAGUACAAAUAUUAGUAAAAGUUCGUAUCAUGACAGGAGCAAAGGUAGAGAAGUGUGGUAGAUGAAUUGGACUCGGUCAGUCGAGUUGGUGAAAGAGCGUCGGGAGUAGGAGUGUAGAAACGGAUGGGAGGGAGGGGCGACCGCGACGAACAGCAUCUUUUGCCGGACGUAUGAUAUUCACCGCGUAUCUCCGUGUUAGUCAUUCGCAUACGUGACACACAUGCACAGCUCGAUCAUUACGUUUUCAAACCUAUAACGUUCGCGUAAAAGCCCCGGUGAUCCAGAGAGAGAGAAAGAGCUUUAGAAGUUGCAUGUAUCGCAGAGACAUUCGUCUCCGGGUUUUCGCCCGUUAAAAAUGUCAGCAUACUGGUGAUUCACUCGUCUCGCGAUCUCUAUCACGAAUUCCAAAACAAACGCGAACGUGCCACACUAUAGUUAUUUUCCGAAAAUUUAUUGUUUUUGUUGUUGUUUUUUUUUUCUCAUCAAGCAAGUGCACAGUGUAUCAUUUCUUUGGUGCUCAUCAUUGACAUAUAUGGAGGUUAACCAGGGAAGGAACAAUGGAAGAACCGUCGAGUGGAGGAGCAUCACCAUCACGGGACAGCAUAAAUUCUAUAGAUCCAGAAACUGGAAAUUUAAGUCUCGGAAGUUCGUUGGAUCGAGGAUUGGCGGAUGGGACAUCAAAGAUAUCAUUGGGGCUACCAAGAACUCCGCUGACGAAUAAAGCCAAGAGGGUGCGUUUCUUCAGGAACGGAGACAAAUUUUAUACGGGUGUUGUGAUGGCUGUCACUCCUGAGAGAUAUCGCAAUUUUGAUAGUCUAGCAUCAGAUCUAACACGAGCGCUUGUCUCAAGCGUUACUUUGCCUAACGGAGUGAGGUCAAUUUACACAAUGGAUGGAAGAAAAGUUCAGACGGUGGGAGAUCUGGAGGAUGGAAAAUGUUAUGUAGUUUCUGGGCAGGGAGAAGCUUUCAAAAAAGUUGAGUAUUCUGCGUCCAAAGUUGGAAGAGGAAGCUCUCUGUCGGGUUUGCCCCAAUCACCAGCUGGCACAGGGAGACAAAUAAGCGCGAUUCCUGCUUGUGUUAAAGCGAGAAUUGUUACAAUUGUGCGAAAUGGUUCCAAGCCUAGAAAAGUAGUGCGCCUCUUAUUGAACAAAAGAAAUUCGCCGAGUAUCGAUCACGUUUUCGAGGCGAUAACGGAUGUGGCCAAAUUGGACUCUGGUGCGGUCAGACGGGUCUGCACGAUUUCUGGAAGACCCGUUAUCACUCUGGAACAAUUUUUUGAAAGCGACGAUAUUUUUGUUGCUUAUGGUUUGGAAAAAGCAAAUCCAGAGGAUUUCGAGCUUGACAGUGAAGAAUCGAAAUUCGUCCAGAGCUUCAGGCGUGGACCGUGGAUCUCCAAACGACAGAGUGGACCCAUGCCCGUCAUGCCCAGAAAAGCUGGUAAACGGAAUCCCAAUGCUCCUCAAGUCCGAACUCCUAGUCCAUCUUCUCUUAUACUACCUCAACCUCUGAGGUUUCAAUACGCCGUUGGACAUGUUAUUGGAGAUGGCAACUUCUCCGUCGUUCGACAUUGUAUUCACAAAGCGACGGGUGCUGAGUACGCGAUGAAAAUCGUUGAUAAAUACAAAUGUAAGGGUAAGGAGACGAUGUUGGCGAGCGAAGUUGCGAUUUUGCGACAAGUAUGUCAUCCGAACAUAAUCAGCUUGAUCGGUGAGCAGGAGACGGUCGACCAGCUGUUCUUGGUUAUCGAACUCGUCAAGGGCGGCGAUUUGUUCGACGCGAUAUCAGCGGCAACGAAAUUUCCAGAGGCUGAGGCAAGCGUAAUGAUAAGUCAUUUGACCUCAGCACUGGCUUAUCUGCACUCUCAUCAGAUAGUUCAUCGUGACGUAAAGCCUGAAAAUCUGUUAGUCGAGCUAGAGGGUAGUCGAGUGCGAUGUCUGAAGCUCGGUGACUUUGGAUUAGCUCAGGUCGUUCAUGAAACUCUUUAUACCGUUUGCGGCACACCCACGUAUGUCGCGCCAGAAAUUCUCGCUGAAAGUGGCUAUGGCCUCAAGAUUGACGUGUGGGCGGCCGGUGUAAUUUUGUAUAUAUUGUUGUGCGGUUUCCCGCCUUUCAUUUCGCUUGAGAACGAUCAAGAGGAAUUGUUCGAGCGUAUUUUAAGUGGUCAAUACGAAUUCACUGCCCCAUAUUGGGAUCACGUUUCGGAUUCAGCGAAGCAGUUGAUAUCGAACAUGCUGCAGGCGCAGCCUGAGCUCAGAUUUAGUGCUGAGGAUGUCCUCGACCACCCGUGGCUUGUGCAGAGAUUUCUAGGAGGCGACCAAACCGUAUCAGGAGGAGGAGCAGCCAUCGAAUCGUCGAAGCAACACAGGAAUAAGCAGUGUCAGCCGUUAAGACUGGCGACGUUCGAGUUCGAUUACAAAAAGAGACGAUUCGAUGCUGGCGAUCGAUGCGACAACGAGAACGUAUACAACUCGAACGAUUUCGUUAAAAAGAUCGAAGUGGAGACCGGGUGGGUCGAUGUAAAAGAAAAAGUGUCGAAGAACAAGAAGACUGUUGAGAAUAGUAACGUCGAGGAUUAUCGUAAUCUCGACGAGAUUGAUAACGGUAAUCGUGAUAACGGAGAAGAGCCACUUUCCUUGAGUGCUGACGGUCUUCGUGACAUUCGUGAUCUGACGAGUUCGUUACACGACCUCGUUAUUAAUAUAGACGAGAAUCACGGCAAUGGGACUUCGAGUGAGGAAACGAAUAGAACGGGAAGAGAGGAUAAUUCGACGGCGCAUCUCGAAAGUCCCUUGUCGUCCUCUAACAAACAUUCCGUGAAUCGUAGAAACGGAAAUUCACUAACAAAUCUUCAUUCCAAACCGUCGACGGAAACAAAGGACUCGGACGAGUUGAAAAUCGGCAACGAACUACAUUGCAAUACACCGAAAACGGGCAAACGCACGAAUGAUCGUACCCCCCGUGUAAAACGUACGAUUUUUUGUAAAAUUGGUAAUUUCGUUAGGAACGGUUCGAACGGAAGCAGCUCGAAUGAGCGGGAGCAUAAAACCACUGGCGGUGAUAUAUCGGUCGAUCGUUCCGAACCCGAGAAUUCCGAGACUAGGAGAUCCAUUGGCACGAUCAAUAAUCGUCAAAUAAAACCACCGAACGAAUAUCAUUUUUCUAAAACAUUAAGGCCGUCGUUAAUCCCUGUACAGAGUAAUGGGCAAACGAGAAAUUCCGUUAGAGGUGUUGAAUUGUCAAGAAUACCGAUAAUCGAUGGUGUUAAACUUCGGGAGAAGAAAAACGUCGCUGGCACGACACCGACGAGUCAUUUGAAAAAAUCAAUUAGAGCGGCGCGUAGAUCGGCCUUGGAAAAUGUUCGGAGAUGUAGUUCGACCGAUGAAUUGAGGGACGAACAGCAAGAACUGAACACAGCGAAAACGAAACGUUUCAGUCUUUAUUACACGCCUCAACCGGCGAGAAAAAAUUACGAAACGGACAAUAAAAUCUCGAGAACAAUUAGUAAAACAUCGAAUAGUACGGGCAGCAGACCAACUAGUUGGAAAACACCCGAACCUAGUAAAAAAAUGGCUGAUGAUAUUUCUCGAAUCAACGGACAAAAAGACUCUUAUAGAAAUCGAAAAUCCGUCGUUGAAUCCUCCACCGUCGCUAGUAGGAACAAAUCCAGUCGCCAAACUGUUCACACCCGAAAUUCAUAUUUACCAACCGGAAGGACGAAGUAAAUCGUUACGUGACUAAAUCUUAAUUGCUCGUUUGUUACUCGUGAACGAUUAUUCACAAUCGAAGCUCGAAAAAAAUAUGUAAUUGUCGGGGAUAUGAAAUUCCGUUCGAGCUCAAAAAUUUUAGCGAACCAGUUCGAAAUCAGAUGCAGCGGUGAAAUUUCUUCCUAGUUUAAUUUUUCGAAAAUUUUGGACCUCCGAUUUUUAGUGUGUAUCAUAAUUUUACGAUUGUAUUCGAAUUGAUCCAGUGGAUUCUAAUCGUUAUUUGUUAAGUUCGUUGCAACGACAUAAUAUUUUUUCAGUUUUUUUGGCUUUAGUUUUUGUCGAGAUUACAAUGUUAUAAUUUGAUUCAAUAAAUCUAUUUCUUAAAUUUAGGAAAAUUUUCGUCAUUCAAUUAGGCUGAAUAUGAAAAUUUUGAAAAUUCGACAAAUUGUUCAAAUAAAUUGGUGUUAACAGCGAUUGUCCUCCCUUGUUCGUGUAACUAAAAACGUAUUUUUAAAAUGUAAAAGUGAAAAAUUUCGAAACUUUUUGGAAACAAAAAUCACCAAUUGUAUUCUUGAUAUCAGACUGAUUCGUUAUAAAAGUAUUCUUGAUUAAUUCUCGAUCUUAAGGUUACAAUUUUUUUAAUGUAAUUAAUUUAAGCUCAUAAUCAUAGUUCGUUCGUGUGCCUCGACGCUUAUGGAUCCGUGUAAAGAAAAACACAUUUAUUAUUUGUCCCGAGGACAAGCCCCGAUUCGUCGAAUUUAUGGCCGAGCCGCCGUUAAGUAUAAAAUAAUGAAAUUGUCCGACCGGUUGAAAAUCAUUCAAAAUGUUUUGUCAGGUACGAAAAAAGUAGGCAUCACUGUUGAAACAUUUUGAAUGGUUUCUACUCAAACGGGCAGUGUUCAGUGCAAUUUCGUGACUCCAAAAUAAAUAAGAAUAAGAAAAUGAAUAAAAAAAUUUUAAGGGGUGAUUGAUCGCCGUUAAAUUAAGAAAAUUUUAAGAUGACAAAAGGUCGAACGUGUGAGACCGAAAUCGCGAUAUACAGAAGAUUUUUAAUUAUUGAAACGAUACACAAAAAAAUUGAACAGCGACCUGAACGGGAAGUCAUUUUAAAAUGAUAAAUUUCUACGUUAUUAUUAUCCAAAUUGACAAUUCAAUUGUUUUUGAAAUUUUAUUAUCAAUUUGUUGGAAAAACUUCCGAAAUUCUGGGAAUCGAGAACAAAUUUGUAAAAACUUGUUCAGUUUUUUUUAUACGUGAAAAAGUAAGCAAAUUUUUUUUUCUCAUGAACGUGGAUAUGGCAAAAAAACUUUCGGUCAACUUCGUAGAAGCUCAAAUGUUUUUUUUGCAAAUGAAAUCAUAGAUAUACUAACGUCGGUGUAAGAGAAAAUCAGUGACGAGGAUUGUGAAACAUUUCGAAAACAGCGGUGCAGAGGAGAGUCAGUCAAAACGAGGAAAAAUCAUGAAAAGCUUGAGAAAAAAAAAACGAACACAAAAAAUAAAAUGAAAAAUCGUCAUGCGAUCCGUGAGAGGAGGUAGAAUAAAUAUUUUUAUAAAUAGUCAUGAAAAAAACGAAAAAGCGUAAUUUUCAAAUGAUCAAAUGGUGAUCAACUCAAAUAUGAAUCUUAAAAAUCUUGUUUCGUUUCUUCUCGUACGAGGAUCUAACAAAUGUGAAGACAAGGACGCUGAAGUUUCCAACGUUGGAGUCCAACGAAAUGAAUGAAAAUAAAAUGAUUUAUCCAUCAGUUUUUUAUUUCACGAAUCAUAAUUGUGUAGAUUGAAAAAAUACAAAGUACAAAUUCGACUGGAAGUAAAUUGGAGAAUUACUGGAAUUAUUGGACAGUUUUUUAGAUCAUUUCGUUGGACUCCAACGUUGGAAACUUCAGCAUCGUGUGAAGACAUAGAAAAACGUGAGCAGCGAAAAAACGUGAAAUUGUACUCUGAAACAAAAAAUAGUGUCGUAAAAUUGUACGAGAAGCGACGAACCGAUUUUCUGUGCUCUUCGAGUAGAAAAAAAACUAUAAAUAACGUCUCCCUGCCAAAGUUCGAUGACUCGUUGAAUAAAUGGGAAAGGAGCUUAACGAGCUUGAGAGACGAAGGAAGGGCCGGGGAGGGGGGGGGGGGGGGAAGACGAAGAGAAAAAUCUAGAGACGAAACGAGAAACACAUAGAAAAAUAUAUAAAUAACGUAGAAUAUUUUUUACAUUUAUUUUUGUAGUAACAAUGGACCGAUAAUUCCGUCUCAACGAAAGUUGCCGCUCCUCGUCACUGCCUUUACGAAGAAUAAAACGUUACUACCUGCCGUUAGCGCGUAUUCAAUUUUUCUAACGUCGAUGGAAAAAUGAAGAAAUAAUUGAACAAACUCCCGGUUUGUUCAUUUAUUUCCACGAAUCGGAAAAUCAAAUGAAAUAUAAAUUCGAAAUUUUGCUCUUAGAAUAGCAAUUAUCGGUGUGAAAUAUCACUAAAUGUGUAGCAUUUUACGUUGCACAAUAUUUAUAAAAAUAUAUACAUAUAUACAAUGCAUUUGUGUAUAUGCGAAUAUACAAAUGUAUCCAUAUAUAUGUGUGUAUAUAUAUUUGAGAUGUAAUUUUUGUAAUUCUAAGCGGUGCAAAUAAUCGACAAUUAAAUUAGGUUAAACAUGUGCCCAUAUGGGCUGAAACCAGGCAGCAAUUUUCAAAAAAUUUUAAUAUGCUAUAGCCUUCGCUCAAAUAUCGCAAAAUUAGCAAUUCUGGUGAUAAUUCCCUAUGAAGUUAUUGGAAGUAAAAGACUUGAGAAAAUUACCAACUGUUUAAAAGUUCGUUAUCUAACGAUUUAUAAUAAAAAAUUGAUGCCUUCCCGAAUUAAAAGGCUUUGUGAUAUUUGAUAACUCGGAGCUGCUUUUUUGGGGAGACAGAGCAGAGGCAAAUUUUUGAAAAUUGCUACGUGGCAAUGUAGUUCAUAGAUAUUGAAGACGAAAACGUGAUUCACGCCAAAUAUUGAAUGAAAUGAUGAUGAAAGAAGAAAACUGUCAUCUCAAAUGUAUUUAUAUCAUAGUAUUAUUAUCAUUAUUAUUAUUAUUAUUAUUAUUAUACGCCAAGAACUCACCGAAACGAAUAAAAUCCGACGUUUUACACUAUUUUUUAUCAACUCAACAAUUGUUAAUUUUCGUGGAAACGAAUGCUCCGUGGUUUUGCCCAAUAUUUACAAACUGUUUGUCAGCCUGACCGUGUGAUAUUUUGUAAAAGCAAAUUUUCCAUUUUGCCGUUGAAUUCGGCGAUAUUCUAAAAUUGAAAUCAACGUCGUUAGAGGCAGCACUGCACAACGUUGGAAUUAUACGCGAUAUGUGAAAUGUCCGAUAGUUUGUUAGUGAAUUCACCUUCGUACAUGUGGAUAACAAUGUUUUGAAAAAAUUCUAUGUCUAAAAAGUGUUUCGAAAUUUGGUAGGAAGUAGCAACGUUUUGUAGAACAUGUUUUAGGUACGAAUGAUCUUUGUAUCAUUGCUUUGUGUACAACACCAAAUUUUUUCAUCCGAAGACCAUCGCGCGUUGUUUCCGCUGGCUCCCACCAACCGUCAACUCGAAAAAUACGAGCCCCGAUAAACGUGCCAUCAAACACGACGACUGUGGAGCAAACAAUUGUAAAAAAUUUCCGUUUUGUAUACACAAUUUAUUGACCGCAGGCAGAUCGCAAUUAAAAGACAAGUAAGAGGAA